AUGAACGAAAAACCCGAUUUAGACUACGAAAAUGAGCAUGUUCACAAAGUGUAUGACAAAAUCGCUACUCACUUUUCAGACACUCGCUACAAGCCUUGGCCAGUUGUAGAGCGUUUCUUAAAUUCUUUACCUGUAGGCGCUGUCGGUUUGGACAUUGGAUGUGGAAAUGGGAAGUAUCAAAAGGUGAAUCCGAACAUUUUUUUGAUAGGAAGCGAUCGUUGUGAAAAAUUGGUUCAAAUUGGGAGCCAAUUGGGACCUAUGAUUGUGGCAGAUGGCUUACAUGUUCCUCAUCCAGCAGAUCGAACUGACUUUGCAUUGAGCAUUGCGGUCAUUCAUCAUUUCAGCAACGAAGAACGGCGUCUGCAGGCUGUUCAAGAAGUUUUGAGGGUGAUUCGUAAAGGAGGGAAAGCAUUAUUCUUUGUUUGGGCGCUCGAACAAAGGAAUUCUCGUCGUGGAUUUUCUGAAAAUGGACCUCAAGAUGUCCAUGUUCCUUGGGUUUUAAAACGGCAGUACGAGUAUCCUACUGCAAAACCAGGAGAGCUAAAGGGACACCAUCCAGACGAAAAUGUUGCAUAUCAACGAUACUAUCAUUUGUUUAAAAAAGGAGAGCUUAGUGAGCUCGUGCAAAAAGCUGGAGGAAAGCUCGUAGAAGAUGGUUAUGAUCGCGAUAAUUGGUGGGCAAUUGUCGAAAAGCUUUAG